AUGACUGGACCGGAACCCUUCGCUCCUGCGCAGGGACUGCCCGGACUGCAGGGACAGGGGCGGCCGGAAGUGUUACAACGACGGGGCGAGGGCGACCGACGCCAGAGGGGGCGGGCCUCCUGCCAGGCCGCUUUCUCAUUGGGCAGCGGCGCUCGGGAAGGGUGGGUGGGGAUUGGCCAGCCCUCCCGGAAGCGGCCCCGGCGCGCCUCUCCGCUCUCGGGGUGCGCCCACCUGCCUGGCUGCGUCGCCGCGGGGUUGGAGCCCCGCGGCGCCUUCGAGACCCACGCGCUGCUCUUCUGCCCGCCCUCCAGCUCCUUCCAGCCUGGCCCAGCGGGCCUCCAGAGGGGGAGCCCCCCGCAGCCGCCAAGGGAGCCGACGGCGCGUCCAGGACUUGCCGAGAGCGCCCCGCGGACUACCGAGCCCGCCGGGCCAGCCGGCACUCGCUCGCCCUUCGGUCCCCGGUGCCCAACGCGCGUCGAGGCCGCGGGCCGGCGGAACGGUCUGGGACCAGAAACUGGCGGCGGCGGCGGCCUGUCAGGCGCCAGGCGGCUGCAAGGGCUGCCUCGGCGCCGCCUCCCGCCCGCGCUGCACCCCCGCCCGGGCGCCUGUCCGGCUGGCUGGCUGGCGCGGCGCGGGGGCCGGGCGGGCUCCUCCAUCCGCCAGGGGCGCUGCGUGGCUGAGCCGAGCCUGGCCGAGGCGAGGCGGGGCGCGCGGGGCCGGGAGAGGCAGCCAGGCGCGCGGGGCCGGUGCGGGCGCGGGGCGGCGAUGAAGCGGGAUCGGCGCGGCCGGUUCCUGCCCUCCGCCGCGGCGGCCAGAGCGGGUCCGGAGCCGGCGCAGGCAGAGGCCGCCUCCCGGGCCCGCCGCGGACGCCCCGCCGCCCGCCAGCCCGAGAGGAGCGCGCCGCAGCCGCCGACGCAGCCACAGCCGCCGCCGCCGGAGCGAUGGGCCUCGCCGGGCCAGGAGGCGGGAGGAAUCGGCCGGGCUCUGAGCACGGGCUACUGCCGGCUCUGCCAUGGGAAGUUUUCAUCGCGGAGCCUGCGGAACGCUUUUGGGAAGGUGCCUGUGAUGAGCGAGAGCUCCGAGAAGCAGCGGCGCUUGGACCAAGUCUUCUUUACAGAUUUCCAGCGCCUGGUGGGGGUGGCGGUACGGCAGGAGCCCAGCCUGCCCCAGUUUGUUUGCAAGAAGUGCCAUGCCCAGUUCUACAAGUGUCGCAGCAUCCUCAAAGCGUUCAUUCAGAAGGUGAACGUCUCACCGACCGGCCACAUCAAGGCAGGAGGAAAGAACAACGUCUGCUCAUCUCCGCUCACUGCUGAAGGACCUCCUUCUGUGGCAGACCUGAUCACGUCCAGCCCCCAGUGCCUCCACAACUUGGUGAUGUGGACUCACAAUCAUGCUGAGAGCUGCCAGAUUUUGCCGAGCCUCCAGAGCGUGCUCUCCUCGGAGUACUGCGGGAUCAUCCGAGCCGUGUGGGGCUGCGGGGAGGGCCACGAUUACGUCAUGAGUACGGAUUCAGACUGUAGCAGCUUGCUGGUGGAUACUGCCUUGUCUGUGAAGUGGGACUUGCCCAAGAGCACAGUACAGCUUGCCACUGGCAACGGGGUGGGGGCUGCCGCCGCACCAGAACCCCAACAGAGCCCAGCUAGGACAGGAGCCAGCCAGGAACCUGCGAACUCAGGGACUGAUUUGCCCGCAUUCAGCACCGAAAAGCAGUUGGCUGAGAGUCAGGAUAUGCCUUCCUUGCAAGAUGCUGCCGGAGCUGCUUUGCAGGAGACAGGUCUUCCACGGCCAGCGUGCCCGCUCAACGGUAGUCCCGGACAGCUGUGUGAGAAGCUGGUUCCACCUGCAGCGUCGGAUGAGCGGGUAAAAGACGAGUUCAGUGACCUUUCUGAGGGGGACUCCUCAAGCGACGAUGAGAAUGACAAGAGAACACGGUCUUCGGAUGAUUCUUUUGAGCCUUAUCCAGAAAAAAAGAUGUCAAACAACCGAAGAGCGGAGAGCAAAGAAGCCAAGGCAGCAGAAGAGCCAAAAAUAAGGAAGAAGCCAGGACCCAAACCGGGCUGGAAAAAGAAGAUCAAAUGCGAGAGGGAGGAGCUGCCAACUAUUUACAAGUGUCCUUAUCAGGGCUGCACAGCUGUGUAUCGGGGGGCGGACGGCAUGAAGAAACACAUCAAAGAGCAUCAUGAAGAAGUCCGGGAAAGGCCCUGCCCCCACCCAGGUUGCAACAAGGUGUUCAUGAUUGACAGGUACCUUCAGCGCCAUGUAAAGCUCAUCCACACAGAGGUCCGGAACUAUAUCUGUGAUGAAUGUGGCCAGACGUUUAAGCAACGCAAGCACCUCUCCGUUCAUCAGAUGCGCCACUCUGGUGCGAAACCCCUCCAGUGUGAAAUCUGUGGCUUCCAGUGCCGACAGCGAGCAUCUCUCAAAUACCACAUGACAAAACACAAAGCUGAGACGGAACUGGAGUUCGCUUGCGAUCAGUGUGGGAAACGUUUUGAGAAGGCCCAUAACCUAAACGUCCACAUGUCCAUGGUGCAUCCUUUGAUCCAGAUUCAGGACAAAGUCAAGGCGGCUGAGCCCGAGCAAGAGGACCUGCCGGAUGCCCCGGAGGCUGCUGACAGCCAGCCAGUCAAAUCAGAGCUCCAGGCACAGCAAGAGCCCACCUGAUCAGCAGCGGGAGGGCAGGGAGAGCCAAUUCAGCUAGCGGGGGAGUUUUUAAGUGUAUAUUUUAAUGGAUUCUCCGCAGUGAACUUUGCAGUUGCUUCCUCUUGAUCAUGGAAAGCUUUCCAUUGCCGUGUCUCUCUCUGUGCACAUGUGUCUGACCCCCAGCAGUGUUGUAUGAAGCAACACCCGUUUCUCUGAAGGAGCAGGCAGUCCUGGUUUCCCCCGACGUGGUGAAGGUCAGAGUAACCACACACCUGUUGUAAAGGUGUGCCUCGGUAGACAUAAACGGAUUCAUUUCCGGCGGCUCUAAUGAUAGCAAAAGUGGUUUAAACCCAGCCAGUUUGUUUUAAAUUCAGAUCCAAAGGCAAUUUAAAAAGACAGGACAUUUGUAAUCUAAUUUUUAUUGUAACAAAGUCAUGGUUAUGCUUGUAAUAAAUUAUU